GUUUGCACUACUCCCCAUCUCUAUCUCCAUCUCCAUCUCCAUCUCCAUCUCCCUACCUAUAUCCCUAUACUGCAAUUUCUCAGUAUAGUCCUAAUUCAGACCUCUCCAUACCUAGCAAGUUGUUGAAGAAAGAAAAGAAUGGCCGGAGGUGGUUUUGGCCCUGGUCCCGGCGCCACCGGGAAAGAAUAUCCCGGCAACUUAACGCCUUAUGUCAUAGUCACUUGCGUCAUCGCCGCCAUGGGUGGUCUUAUUUUCGGCUACGAUAUCGGUAUUUCAGGUGGAGUGACGUCCAUGGACUCAUUCUUGGAGAAAUUCUUCCCGUCUGUGUUCAGGAAGCAGAAGGCGGAUGAUACCACAAACCAGUACUGCAAAUUUGACAGCCAAACACUUACUAUGUUCACGUCGUCCUUGUACUUGGCUGCACUGUUGUCGUCGCUGGUGGCGUCGACGGUGACCAGAAAGCUGGGGAGGAAACUGUCAAUGCUGUUCGGGGGAGUGCUGUUCUGCGCCGGGGCUUUGAUCAACGGCUUUGCUAAAGCUGUUUGGAUGCUGAUCGUCGGCCGUAUUUUUCUGGGUUUCGGAAUUGGAUUUGCCAAUCAGUCGGUGCCACUCUAUCUAUCUGAGAUGGCUCCCUACAAGUACAGAGGUGCGCUCAACAUCGGCUUCCAGUUGUCCAUCACCGUAGGCAUCUUAGCCGCCAACGUCUUGAACUACGGCUUCGCCAAAAUCAAGGGUGGCUGGGGAUGGCGGCUCAGCUUGGGUGGCGCAAUGGUCCCUGCCCUCAUUAUCACCGUCGGAUCAUUGAUCCUCCCUGAAACACCAAACUCCAUGAUCGAGCGUGGCAACCAGGAAGAAGCCAGGACCAAGCUCAAGAGAAUCCGAGGCGUAGCCGAUGUCGAUGAAGAGUUCAACGACUUGGUGGCCGCUAGUGAGGCCUCCCGCAGAGUAGAGCACCCAUGGAGGAACCUCCUCCAGAAAAAGUACAGGCCUCAUCUCACUAUGGCCAUUGCCAUUCCCUUCUUCCAACAGCUCACCGGCAUCAACGUCAUCAUGUUUUACGCGCCCGUCUUGUUCAAGACCAUCGGCUUUGGAAGCGAUAACGCAUUGAUGUCUGCUGUGAUCACCGGUGGGGUUAAUGUUAUAGCGACCAUCGUCUCCAUUUAUGGCGUCGAUAAGUGGGGAAGAAGGUUCCUUUUCAUUGAAGGCGGCAUCCAAAUGCUUAUAUGUCAGGUCGUGGUUGCAAUUUGCAUAGGCGUGAAGUUCGGCGUGAAUGGGGAUCCCGGCGAGUUGCCGAGAUGGUACGCCAUUGUGGUGGUGCUGUUUAUAUGCAUAUACGUUGCCGGAUUUGCAUGGUCGUGGGGGCCGUUAGGGUGGCUGGUUCCUAGUGAGAUUUUCCCACUGGAAAUUCGGUCUGCUGCGCAGAGUCUGAACGUUUCGGUGAACAUGGUUUUCACCUUUGCUGUGGCGCAAGUGUUUAUGACAAUGCUCUGCCACUUGAAGUUUGGACUGUUCUUGUUCUUUGGGUUCUUUGUGAUAGUGAUGACUCUGUUCAUAUACUUCUUCCUGCCGGAGACGAAGAACAUCCCGAUCGAGGAAAUGGUUAUUGUGUGGAAGGAGCAUUGGUUCUGGUCGAGGUUCAUGAGUGAUGUUGAUUAUCAUAAUGGAUCAAUUGAGCUGAAGAAGGGAGGGGAUUCUUACCAGAAAGUAUGACAAAUAAAGACCUAUGAUUAUUUUUCCUUGGUCUCUUUUUUUCUUACUUUAGUACAAUUUCCAAGUAAUUAACGUUGAUGAGUCUGUCUCCAGAUUUUCUUUCUUUCUUUUUAGUAGUAGAUAUUUGUGGAUGUAAUACUGAAAAAUUAAUAUCAUGGAUUAAAUGGCUGUUGUCAUAAA